CUGUUCAAAUCAGUUCAACACCAAUUUCGGUAUCUAGAGCAACCCAACCCAACCCAAGCAACCAAAAAUGGCAUUCAAAUUCACCAUUCUCUUCGCCGCCUGCAUCGCCGUGGCCAGCGCUGGCAUCAUUCCCGCCGCUGCUCCCCUGGCCGCCGUGGCCGCCCCACUCCAGGUGGAGGAGUACGACCCCCAUCCCCAGUACACCUACGGCUAUGACGUGAAGGACGCCAUCUCCGGGGACUCGAAGACCCAGGUGGAGACCCGCGAGGGCGACAUUGUCCAGGGCCAGUACUCGCUGAACGACGCCGAUGGCUACCGUCGCAUUGUGGACUACACCGCCGAUCCCAUCAACGGAUUCAACGCAGUGGUGCGUCGUGAGCCCCUGGUUGCCGCCGUCGCCGCUCCCGUUGUGGCCGCCCCCGCUCCAGUUGUCCGUGCCGCCGUCGCCGCCCCCGUGGUCCGCGCCGCCCCUCUGACCGCCACCUAUGCCGCUGCCCCCGCCCCCCUCGCCUACGCCGCUCCCGCUCCCCUCGCCUACGCCGCCCCUGCCCCCGUCGUCAAGGCCGCUCCUCUGGUCGCCGCUGGACCCGCCAUCGUCAAGACCCAGUUCGCUUCGCCUCUUAUCUCAUUAACCCGCAAGCUGCAACACCUUAUUUUGGCCAGAUUCUUAGUGGUGCUGGUGGUAGGCCACUGGAAUCGGGGCAGCAGCAACGGGCAGAGCCACAGGAGCCACGGUCUUCACGACGGUCUUUACAUGUUCCAGGGGCACGCGGUUGACGACGGCGUUGAAUCCGUUGACCGGGUCGGAGGUGUACUGCACGAUGCGCUUGAAGCCAUCGGCAUCGAUCAGGGAGUACUCGCCAUGCACCACGUCGCCAUCGCGCUCCUCCACCUGGCUCUUGGAGUCACCGGAGAGGGCGUCCUGGACAUCGUAGGCGAACUUGUACUGGGGAUGGGGGUCGUACUCCUCGGCGGCCUUGGCCAAGACGGGCUGGGCGUGGGCCACGGCAACCGGGGCAUGGGCGUAGGUGGCCACGGCGGGGGCGGCGUGGUACACCUGCUGGACGGGAAGAACUCCGGCACUGACGGCCGAAACGAGGGCGAGAACAGCGAAGAACUGCGAGGAGAAAAAGGAAUUGGAUUAACACGGUCGCACCAUGGGUAUUUACAAGUUGGCGAUGGUGUAAGUGGGGGCGGCGUACCGCAGGGGCGUGGUGUAGGCAGCGGUACGCAGGACAGGGGCAGGAGCAGCCACCGCCAGAGGGGCAGAGCGGACGAAGGGCGUGGCAACGGCCAGGGGAGCGGACUUGAUCAGGGGAGCAGUAACAGCCAGAGGAGCAGAGCGGACAAUGGGGGCUGGGGCAGCCAGGGCAACGGGGGCCACUGGAGCGACGGCCUUGACCAGAGGAGCAGCUACUUUCACCACGGGCUCGGCGGCCACAACGGCGGCGAGUGGUUCACGGCGGACGACGGCGUUGAAUCCGUUGACGGAAUCGGCGGUGUAGGUGACGGUGCGCUUGAAGCCAUCGGCGUCGAUCAGGGAGUACUCUCCGCGGACGAUGUCGCCGUCACGCUCCUCCACGUGGCCCUUGUUGUCGCCCGAAAGAGUGUCCUGCACGUCGUAGCUGUACGAGUACUGGGGAUGCGGGUCCACCUCCUCCAGCUCGACGGUCUUGGCCAAAACGGGUACGGGAGCAGCAGCCACUGCCACAGGAGCAGCGGUCCUCAGGACGGCGCCAUGGGCCACGGCGAAGAGAGCCAAAGCGAUAACAAUCUUCCAGCAACCAACAGCAGCAGCAGCAGCCACCAAACCAAACCUCUAAACAUGGCAUUCAAGUUCGUCGCCCUCUUCGCCCUGAUCGCCGCCGCCAGCGCCGGAGUUCUUCCCGUCCAGCAGGUGUACCACGCCGCCCCCGCCGUGGCCACCUACGCCCAUGCCCCGGUUGCCGUGGCCCACGCCCACCCCGUCCUGGCCAAGGCCGCCGAGGAGUACGACCCCCAUCCCCAGUACAAGUACGCCUACGAUGUCCAGGACUCCCUCUCCGGAGACUCCAAGAGCCAGGUGGAGGAGCGCGAUGGCGAUGUGGUGCGCGGAGAGUACUCCCUGAUCGACGCCGAUGGCUUCAAGAGGACCGUCCAGUACACCGCCGACCCCAUCAACGGAUUCAACGCCGUGGUGAACCGUGAGCCCCUGGUCAAGGCCGUCGCCGUUGCCCCCGUUGUGAAGACCGUGGCCGCUCCCGUCGCCCACUACGCCGCCCCCGCUGCCUAUGCCUCCUACGCCGCCCCUGCCGUUGUGAAGACCGUGGCCCCAGUGGCUCACUAUGCUGCCCCUGCUGUCGUCAAGACCGUGGCUCCAGUUGCUCACUAUGCUGCUCCCGCUGUGGUCAAGACCGUGGCUCCAGUGGCUCACUAUGCCGCCCCUGCUACCUACACCUCCUACGCCGCCCCCGCUGUUGCCUACCACCACUAAGAACUGAACACACAACGCAUUUUUGUUAUAGUUUUACGAACGC